ACACCUCGCUCUGCCUGCCAUGGCUGGUUAAAGAACCAUCCGGAUCGCAGCGCGGGGGGAGGGCCGGGUGGGGGGAGCAGCGGCCGCGCGUGAGGCCGAGGGAGGGGCGGCGGCGCGAGCGGCGGCGGCGGCGGUUCCAGCAUGAAGAGGAGAGCUGGCCUGGGGGGCAGCAUGAGGUCAGUGGUGGGCUUCUUGUCCCAGCGGGGCUUGCAUGGGGACCCCCUGCUCACUCAGGACUUUCAGAGGAGACGCCUGCGGGGCUGCAGAAACCUCUACAAGAAGGACCUUCUCGGCCACUUCGGCUGUGUCAAUGCCAUUGAAUUCUCCAACAAUGGAGGCCAGUGGCUGGUCUCAGGAGGAGAUGACCGCCGGGUUCUGCUAUGGCACAUGGAACAAGCCAUCCACUCCAGGGUCAAGCCCAUACAGCUGAAAGGAGAGCACCAUUCCAACAUUUUUUGCCUGGCUUUCAACAGUGGGAACACUAAAGUGUUCUCCGGAGGCAAUGAUGAGCAAGUUAUCCUCCAUGAUGUUGAAAGCAGUGAGACAUUGGACGUGUUUGCUCAUGAAGAUGCAGUAUAUGGCUUGUCUGUGAGCCCAGUGAAUGACAACAUUUUUGCCAGUUCCUCAGAUGAUGGCCGGGUUCUCAUUUGGGACAUCCGGGAAUCCCCCCAUGGAGAGCCCUUCUGCCUGGCAAACUAUCCAUCAGCCUUUCAUAGUGUCAUGUUUAACCCUGUGGAGCCCAGGUUGUUGGCCACAGCCAAUUCAAAGGAAGGAGUGGGACUCUGGGACAUUCGAAAACCUCAGAGUUCUCUCCUGCGCUAUGGUGGAAACCUGUCCCUCCAAAGUGCCAUGAGUGUACGAUUCAACAGCAACGGGACCCAGCUCCUGGCCCUGAGGCGACGCCUGCCCCCUGUGCUCUAUGACAUCCAUUCCCGCCUGCCUGUGUUUCAGUUUGACAAUCAGGGUUACUUCAACUCAUGCACCAUGAAAAGCUGCUGUUUUGCAGGAGAUCGUGACCAGCAUCACAACUGGAAAUGGAGAGCCCAAGCUGUGAGUUUCCAGCCUUUUCUGAGCCUCACUAGGAAUGGAGAUGCUGAUGUUGACUUAAAGCUGGCAGUUUAAGAAUAUACUUGGCCUUCUUGCACCUUUCUGUCUUAACCAUAGAAGUUCUGAAGUGUCAGUGACCAGUUGGGCUAAUCUGGGUAACCAAGCCGAGGAAAGACAAAUGGGAAGAAAGACAAAUCUAAGGAAAGACUGAUCAAAUAAACAAAUAGAAUUUUUUAUUCUCAAGCACAACAAAUCUUAUUGCUAUUUCACAUAUAGAUUGGAAAAAAGAAAAACCUUAGUCUCGCUAAUGUUUAGUGUUCUUAUCUUUGGGUCAACUGUCAAAUUUUGACUUAAAAUUCUUAUAUUCUGUAACCCACCUCUUUAGAGUUAAUUUUGGCAUAAAAUAAAUAUAAAAGAGGCAUAAAAGAAAAAUUUCUUUGAGAAACUGGCAAGACCUUGCUUUUUGAAGUAAAAGCUAGGAUUUUUCUCCUUAGAUGGGGGUUGCUAGAGGCUUCCUAAUGUCAUAGUUUAAGGAUUAGUAGAUGUAAUAGGAGCCGAAUAAAUGCCUGUUGAAUUGUCUUGCGUGUAGAUAGAUGAGAAUGUUCUUUUAAGUUUUCUGAACUAGAGAUUUCCUCUCUUAUAAAUAGAGACUAUAUAUCCAAAUUCAGAAUUUAUACUCAUGUUGGAGUCUUAGGGCCUACUUAGCUGAGAUCCAUACUGGAGACCACUAGGUGGCCUCAGUGAUGUCUCCUUGGGGUGCCCACAGUACCUGAAUGACUUAAUUUGUAUAUACCUGUAUGGCACUGCAGGGAAUUUGUUUCUUGGGUGGGAAGAAACAGUUUCUAUAGGCGAUCAGACUCUCAAUAGAACAGAUAUACAGAAUGGUUGAUUUAGCUUUGUCUGGCUGUGGAAAUGACAAUCAAGUCUCUCCCUCUCUUCCUUUUUUCCUUCUUUCUUUGCUUUUGUUGAUUGCCCAUCUUUUAUCAACUUCUUAUGGCAUGUAAUUCUUGUUUUGUUGAAUAUUAGAGCAUGCAGUGAAGGUGAUAUUAAUAGUUUACUAGGCUUUAUUUCCAGAAACCAGAGGCUGAGGGAAAGGUGAUUUUCUUCAGGUUGUAUUUAGCAACAAAGCCUAUCUUCAUGGACCUUAGAAGACCCAGAACAAAGACCUCUAGCCAACAUGUAAGCACCUAGACCAUGGUUUCCCAUCCUUAUCAUUGUUAACAUUUUGGCUAGAUAGUUCUUUGUUGUGUGGAGCUGUCCUAUGCAUUAUAAGAUGGUUAGCAGUAUCCCUAGCCUCUUCCUACUAGAAGCCGGUAAUAUCAUCCUAAGUUAUCCUCCAGGCAACCAAAAAUGUCUCCAGACAUUAUCCCCUGAGGGGAAAAUUGCCCCUGGUUGAGAACCUGUGAUCCGGAUUAUAAUUACCCAUUUUGCUCAGAUGCAUUGGGGCAGGUAUUGUCAUAGGCAGAGCCACAGAAGGUAUUUUGUGAUAGUCCUAGGUAUAUACAUCAAAGAUAUCAUUGUUUCUGUCUUUCAGUUUAUAUAUAAUUAUAAAAGUAUUGAAUGGCUUUUGAUUUUUCUCUAUUUAGAUUUGACUAAUUUAUUAUUUGUGACUUGUCCUAUGGGAAGAGUUUUAUGGGUAUUUUAUUCUCUCUGACAGACAAGACUUCUUUUUGGCUGGGGUAAGUGGUUUUCCUUGAAAGAAGAUGCAAAGUCAUUGAAUCUAACUUUGGGUCAGUUAACAGAGUUAAAGUCUUAAAAGUCUGUUCAUAUUCCCGAAAUAGUUAGAGGUAUAUAAAAUACAGAGAUUUAUAUUUGGCUUUUUUGUUGACUCCUUAGGGACUAAGAAAUGUAGCUAAUUCAUCAUUGUCUUGUCUCCAAAUCCUGGCACACAGUGAGAACACAAUAAAAAUUUGUUGAAGUAAAUCUUGAGUACUUUGGUCAAUGUGUGGUAUUUAGCUUUGUGGGCCUAAGUCUUCUCUAACUGUAAAUCAGGAUUGAUAAGUAUGAUUUUUCCUGUUCAACUUCCAGAGGCCUGGAAGGAUGGAUGAAUUAAAUAAUUCAUCCAAUUAGGAGGAUGAAUUAAAUAAUAGAUUUAUAGUGGAACUAAUCUACUGAACUUAUAGUUUUUUUUAAGUAUUGCACAAGAAGUCAGACUUACUUUCCCAGUCCUAGAACAUGUCUCAAAGGUGAUUUAUAGGCUCUGACUUUCCACACUGAAGGAUAAGGCAGCAGUUGUCACAGUUACAGUGUGACCUGCAGGACUGACAUGUAUAUUCUUUGAUGAGUCUAGACAGAAUCUUUUUUUCUGCUUUCAGUUUCCAUAGCCUGCCUUUUCCUUAUAUUGGGCUUUAUAUUUGACCUCAUUCCUGUGUGCUCUGAGAACACCCACAGCCUGAGGCUCUGUGUUCUGGAACUUUUCAUUUAGUCAUAGGCUGGGUAACCAUCCCAGACAGGAAUCUGAGAAUUUCCGUAAUAGGAAUGAACAUGGAUUAGAAAAGCAGUAAGAGAUCCUAUUUAUCUGAGACAGUCAUCUGGCUUUUAAUUAUGAGAUUAUUCAGUCCAUACAGAUGGACCCAGAUAUUUUUCAGAGUACGUGUACUUCUUUUUAAACUAUCCUAGGUUCACUAGGUAAUUCAUUAGCCUCAAAAUAAAAUUAACGUUUCAAGAAAUUA